GAGAGAGAACCGGGUACAAAUACACACUGAGAAGCAACCUGUCCUACAAUUUUCUGUAUUUUGUUUUAAACCAAAAUGCAUUCGCAGAUGCCCGGUUCGUCUCGUCCUUCGGCGGCGGAGGAAUGAUACGGUAAGUCCCACCGGCUUUUAGGAUGUUCCAUUUGCCUCAGUGUGGUUUCCUGCAUCGGUUAUCCCCCAAAUCCACUCAGCCUAAUAUCUUCACACGUCAAAAUUAAAGGAGGAAGAUGGUCAUCAUGGCAACCACGGUGACCCCUGAGCCCCUUACUGCCCUCUCUCGGUGGUACCUGUACGCCAUCCAUGGCUACUUCUGCGAAGUCAUGUUCACGGCUGCCUGGGAGUUUGUGGUCAACUGCAACUGGAAGUUUCCUGGUGUGACGAGCGUCUGGGCACUCUUCAUCUACGGGACAUGCAUUCUGAUCGUAGAGCGUAUGUAUCUCUGUCUGCGGGACCGAUGCAACGUCCUUCUCCGCUGCAUCAUUUACACAUUGUGGACAUACUUGUGGGAAUUUGGCACAGGUCUGCUACUAAGGCAGUUCAAUGCUUGUCCCUGGGACUACUCUGAGUUUAAAUAUAAUUUCAUGGGCCUGAUCACGGCAGAGUACGCCGUGCCUUGGUUUUGUGCCUCGUUCAUUGUAGAGCGCCUAGUGAUACGCAACACACUGCGAUUGUGCUUUGACGAUGUCACCAAGCCUGGCCAGUCGGAACAGUCGGAUAGAGUUGGUGGAGGAGGAGGAAGAGGAAGAGGGGCCAGCGGAGGGGCCACCAGUACUUACGGGUACGUGAAAGUGGAUUGAGGCAAGUCGGCCCCUUUCCACAUCUCUAAAGCUGAGUUUAUCACAACCCUGUCCCGUCACCCACAACUCUUAUCCUCACAUCUAACAAUCUCUCUCCUGCAUGCUUUUGGGGAAAGAUUUGCUCAGAAACAGCUGGUGUGGACAAAAGACAAUUGGACGAGGAACUGUCUGGUUUAAUCUUUUGUCCAGCUGGCACUUUCCCCUAAUGUGGAGAAACAUUCCUUCGCUAGAAUAAUUCCCAAAACUCACUGAUCUCACUUUAGCCAAAAGCAAGCAGCUGUUCUAGGUUUGUCAGUAGGAGUGGCAGCUGGUGACAAACAGAGGACUAACCCUGCACCUAUCCCAGUACCAUACCUCCCCAACCAGUCCAACUACUUUGGAAACUCUGGGAGGGGACAAACGACUUGCGUUUCUUCAAGGAUGCCAUCUCAAUAAUAUGGAAACCCGGAACACAGACACAUCACUUGUAGAGAGAAGAAAGGAAAUAUAUCAAGUGCUUUUACGAAGCAAAUCCUUUUUAUAAUAUAAAUAGUGUCCAUGAUGUAGAUGUAGUAGCAAAGCGUAUAACUGUUAGGACAAAAGCAAACCUAAAUGUAGUUAAAGGGAUAGUUCUCACCCUCAUGCCCUCUCAGAUGUGUAUGACUUUCUUUCUUCUGCUGAAGACAAACUAAGAUUUUAAUAAAAA